CAUUUUUACCGUUGGCUUUUCUUAAAUUGGCCUAAUUUCCAGGUGCACAUGUCUUUCAAUUUUAAACAAAGCACCGAAAAAAGAUGCUUCAAAGUCUACAGUUGGCCCGGUAUGAAAGCAACCUGUUGGAGCCCUGCUGGAAGGCAGGUGCCUCCAAAAACAAGAACCCGCGAGAAACAGGUGUGGGCCGCAAUGAGAUCGCGGCAGUGGACAUAGUGGCCUGCUGCAAGCAAAUAACUGACUUAAUUGAUGAAAAUAAAUUGAGAAUAAAUCAGGCGAGGUCAUUGAACACACGUACCAAAGGGUAUGUUGAUUUCAAGAUCAUUACGCGUCUCACCUAUGGCGCGGCGCAUAUAUACAGGAGGCAGGUGGACACCUUGUUGGACGAUGCGAAACAUUUGCUGGAUCAAAUGAAUCAGACAACGUUCGAUUUUGUGCUCACAACGAAGGAAACUUUGGUGGUCAAACAUCAAGAAGGGCGAACGCAUCACAAGCGCAAGCACGUUAUAACCAAACAGGCCAGAAUGAGACUCUCGAAGCGUCCCAGACUGCAGGAGCCCGAGCUGCUGGAUGACGAUGUCUUGGAUCACUAUGGCACCCUGAUCUCCAACUGCCAGGUGUGGCACACAGAGAGCUCACAAGAAGUCAUGGAAGAGUCCAUUGAGUUGCCUCGAAUGGUUCAGGAAGCCAGCUUGUCCAGCCAUUUAACCAUCACCGAAGAGUUUUCUGUCUAUGAGGAGCAAAUCACUUUAAAGGAUAACGAGGGUUUUGGUGACAAUGAGCAGGUGGACUUGACUAUAUUUGAAGAGCUCUACCCCAGGGACCGGCAGUCCCUAAAGCGUCACUCUUUGAGCCCGAAUUCAACGGACAUUUUAGAUGCUAAAAUUCCUAGAUUGGACGUGGGAAUCAGUCCAUUUGGAACCACAAAUGCUGAAAGUGCUAUAGUCAAGGAUAAUAACAUUCCAUUAGCUAUGCCGGUAUACCGACAAGAUGUCCAUGAACCUGCGUUGCCGCAACCUCCACUGUCUUCACCCACCGAUGUCCCUGUCCCUAGGAAGCAGUCGAAAAAACGUGGCAAACAAAAUAAGUUAAUAGUGGACAAAUUUAUCAAAUAUUCUCGGGAUGUACUAAUCAAGCACAGACUUCAAUACCUAAAGGAGCACAGAAACAGAGUGAUUACAGCACUGUCGCCCAGCAAGUUACUAAAAAGUGCAAAAAUACUUCUAUUAACACUAAAAAACAACUUUAUCUUUCCAGAUGUGCUAAAGAAACGGCAAAGCCAGACCUUAACCAUUGAACAAAUGGACGCCGACUGUGAGAGCACUUUGCGAACAAUUUUGGGUGGCGAAUAUACAGACACUCUGGCCCAGGAGGUGUUUGGUAAGCUGUCAAACCCGUGUACAGCAGGUAAACGAGGAGAAAUAGCUGUUGCUGAUCCGGCUAUCCCCUUGGAAGGUGUGGAAAACAUUGCACCGCCCCAACUGCGGCCAGUAAAUGCAGCAUCUCCCAGCAACAACAAUAAUUUGUAUAAGCACAAGAAAAAAAGCUAUGAGGAUGGUCAGUUUGACAGCUACGAUGUUAUGAUGGACCUUUUGAGCACCUGGCGCAGCCAUCCGGAACUCAAAGGAAUUGAUGCCAAUGAAUUCCUCAAAACAUUCCCAGACCGCUUUAAAGCGGUCCUCGCUUUCAGUCAUCUAUUGUGUCUCGUACGCGAUAAUUUUGUAAAUAUCUCGAAAAGGCCAAACUCCAAUGAAAUGGAUCAAAUAACACUGGGCGAGCAGUCCAUUAGGCUAAUUUUAAACAUAUCGAUGGACGAGUAGCCAUCAUUUUGUUGGUAAUCGUUA